AUGGAUGGGUAUUCAGGAUACAAUCAAAUUUACAUAACUGAGGAAGACAUACACAAAACUGCUUUCAGAUGCCCUGGAUCUCUAGGACGUUUUGAAUGGGUAGUUAUAUCUUUCGGCCUGAAAAAUGCAGGAGCGACUUAUCAAAGGGCAAUGAACUUGACUUUUCAUGAUAUGAUAGACAAGUUUGUUGAGGUGUAUGUAGAUGAUAUAGUGGUCAAAUCCAUUAAAGAAGAUGACCAUUUUGAACAAUUGAGAUGUUCAUUUGAGCGAAUGAGGCAAUAUAAACUAAAAUUGAAUCCCUUGAAAUGUACAUUUGGUCUUAAUAUUGGAAACUUCCUUAGUUUCCUAGUACACAAAAGGAGGAUUGAACUCGAUAAAAAUAAAGUGAAUGCCAUUUUAGAGGCUAAACCACCUAACAACAAAAAAGAAUUGCGAAGGUUUCGAGGUCAAGUAAACUUUUUAAGACGCUUUAUUUCUAAUUGUGCAGGGCGAACUAAAGUUUUUUCGUCGCUUUUAAAUCUGAAAAAUCAGGACGAAUUCGUAUGGAAAGAAGAGCAUCAAAAGGCUUUUGAAAGCCUAAAGACAUAUUUAUCAAGUCCACCAGUAUUGGUGUCACCAAUUCAAUGA